AUGGAAAAUCUCGAAAUACCAUCAUCUCAGCCACAACCUGCUGAAACAAACCAACACAGAACACUUAACCUGGACUACACAUGGCGCAAAUUUAAAACACUCAUUUCCGAUGAAAAAAACCCCGACAAACCCCUCUAUAUAAUCGAUUACAAGAUCAUCCCAAAGCCCAAGUUCACAUUCAGAUCUGUUGGAAAUAUCACCGACGAUAUCAACAUCGAUUCCAAAGACGUCAAAAUCGAUGCCAUAGAAGCAGCAAGCGAAAUCAUUGGCAAAAGCUCUCUACACACAUUCAAGAUCGACGCUGACUAUGAAUGUAACGGUCACAAAGACACUCUGAUUGCACAGAAGCGCUUUAAAACUUCGUACACACAUCGCUCUGCUGUCCUCACGAAAAAAGGCAAGCCCGCUGUUCUGUCAUGGACUGGAGAAUGUGGUAUCACUACUUGGGAGUUUGUUUGCGUCGAUGAGGACCAGUCGCCUCUUGGGAAAUUCACUGUCAAUAUGUGGGGGUUGAAGAAGGUCGGCAAGAUUGAGUUGAUGGGUCCUUUGGCUGAUAGUCAGGCAUUGGUAGACGAGAUCGUUGUUACUGGUGUUACUUUGGGAUAUCUUAUGAUUUGGAGGGCCAAUAACUGUCUUUCUUUGGUUGGUGCUCUGUUUAAUUCGCCUGGUCGUGAUAAUAAGUUCAUUUCGAAUAAUGUGAAGGAUGGUCGGACUGCGGAGGAGCCUGCUUUGCAUGCGCAUAUCUGA